AUGAUGCUGAAGGAGAAGAAUCUUCCAUUAGUAAGUGGGUGGACCCACAGUGGUAUCACUUGUGUCAUAUUUCUAGCUGUGAUCUGUUGCCGCACUGUUGCUUCAGAUGUUAAAAAUGCGGAGAGUGAUGAGCACAGUGUUUGUUGGGCAAGAGUUGGUCAUUCUUACCCACUUAAAUGUGCAUUUGAGUUUUUUGACUCCAGUUUCUUCAAUAACACAAAGAUGCUGGAGAUUGUGAAGGGUCAAAAGGAGUUCAACAUCCCUAUAUUCACAGCUAAUCGAAAAUUAAUUGCUUCAGUGAAUGGAGGUUUGUAUGACCCGUCUUACUUGGUAUUCAAUUCUGCUUGGGGCAGUGAGCAAUCACAGCAUGUAACUAAAAGAUUCAAGUACCCUUCUCUGUCUGGCAUUAAAAAACCCAGAAGUGAACAAGAUAUUGCCUUUAUGAGUAUUCUUGAAUUGGGAGAGCUCAUUAAGACAAAGCAACUUACAUCUAAGGAGCUUACUGAAAUUUUUCUGAAAAGACUUAAAAGGUACAAUCAUGCUCUUGAGGCGGUGGUAACUUAUACCGAAGAAUUAGCAUACAAGCAAGCGAAAGAGGCUGAUAAACUUCUUGCCCAAGGAGUAUAUUUGGGUCCUCUGCAUGGGAUUCCUUAUGGUUUGAAGGAUAUAAUUGCAGUUCCCCACUACAAAACAACUUGGGGUUCGAGAAGUUUCAAAAAUCAAGUCCUGGACAUUGAAGCUUGGGUGUACAAGAGGUUGAAGUCUGCUGGGGCAGUUCUUGUUGCUAAGCUUGUUUCUGGAUCACUGGCUUAUGAUGACAUCUGGUUUGGUGGUAGAACAAGGAACCCCUGGAAUAUCGAGGAGUUCUCUACAGGUUCAUCAGCCGGACCUGCUGCCUCCACUUCAGCUGAAACAGCUGGUUCUGUGACCUAUCCGGCUGCACGCUGUGGAGUGACAGCAUUGCGCCCAACAUUCGGCACAGUUGGCCGAACUGGUGUAAUGAGCUUAUCAGAAAGCUUGGAUAAGCUUGGCCCUUUCUGUAGAAGUGCCACAGAUUGUGCAAUUAUUCUGGAUGCCAUUAGAGGAAAGGACCCAGAUGAUCUUUCAUCAAGAGACAUUCUCCUUGAUGAUCCAUUUUCAGUUGACAUUACAAAGCUUACUGUUGGAUAUCUAGAAGAUGCUGAGAUGGAGGUUGUUCAUGUUCUUGCAUCAAAAGGUGUAAAUAUGAUCCCUUUCAAGCUAAACUACACAGUUGACUCUGUUCAAGGCAUCCUAAAUUUUACAAUGGACGUGGAUAUGUUGGCUCACUUUGAUGAGUGGCAGAGAUCAGGGAAGGAUGAUGUUUAUGAAGCUCAAGAACAAUGGCCUACCGAACUCCGGCGUGCACGUGUAAUUCCAGCAGUAGACUAUGUGCAGGCACAAAGAGCAAGGGGAAAGUUAAUCCGGGAAGUAAGAGAGAGUUUUACUGUGGAUGCGUUCAUUGGCAAUGCAACUGACUGGGAAAGAGUUUGCUUGGGAAAUCUAGUUGGUUUGCCUGUAAUUGUUGUUCCAACAGGGUUUAAGAACAUACCAAAUCCACCUCCUAACAACUCCACUCGAAGAAGAACCACUAUCACCACCGGUAUCUAUGCUCCUCCUGAACGUGACCAUAUUGCUCUUGCACUUGCUAUGGCUUACCAAUCAGUCACCAAUCACCAUAGGCAGCAGCCUCCUAUUGAUGAUCUUGGACCAAAUGACCCAAUCCCAAGUCCUCCCACAUCAUCGUUGUCUUAG